AUGGAGACGGAUUGUAAUCCCAUGGAGCUAGGCACUAUGUCAGGAUUUGAAGAAAACACAGAGCUCAAUGGUUUUGAAGGAACUGACAUGAAAGACAUGAGGCUAGAAGCGGAAGCAGUGGUAAAUGACGUGCUCUUUGCCGUGAACACCAUGUUUGUCUCCAAAAGCCUGCGCUGUGCCGAUGAUGUAGCCUACAUCAACGUGGAAACGAGAGAAAGGAACAGGUACUGCCUGGAGCUCACUGAAGCAGGCCUUAAGAUAGUAGGCUAUGCCUUUGACGAGGUGGAUGAUCACUUACAGAGCCCCUACCAUGAAACCGUCUACUCCCUGCUGGACACGCUCAGCCCCGCCUACCGGGACGCCUUCGGCAACGCGCUUCUUCAAAGACUGGAAGCUCUGAAGAGGGAUGGACAGUCAUGA